AUGCUGGCCCUUGGAGGGUCCGCAAACCUCAUGCUGGACUCCUGCCUCUCACAGAAGUUCGUCUACAGGAUUAAUGUGGUGCUACUGGAGGACAACACGUACGAGUGGAGCCGACCGUUUGUCCAAGCUGCAGUGGAGCAGGCCAUUGAAAUAGACCGGCUUGAGAAUGAGAAGCAAAAUCUUUCUUUUAAGUUGACGGCCAACUACAAUGGUUUCAACACCACCGGAUACAACAGACAGGGGUGUGGCAGCAGCACUUGUGAAGGGGUCUCCAUCCUCAAGAAGCUAAAGGCCGAUCUUGAAAUUGGAUGCGUGAUGCUUGGGCCGUCCUGCACCUACGCCACUUUCCAGCUGGUAGAUGAAGAGAUUGGCCUCAGUCUCAGUAUUCCAAUCAUCUCUGCUGGAAGCUUUGGUAUCUCCUGCAACUACAAGCCCAAACUGACGCGGCUUCUCCCUCCCGCCCGCAAGAUAUCCGACAUGAUGCUCAACUUUAUCAACGAGAGCGUGUCACCGAUCAAAGAGAGAUGGAGCCGGGUCUACGUCUACAAAAACUCUGCCACUGCAAACGUGACGGAGGACUGCUUCUGGUAUAUCAAUGCACUGGAGGCACCGUCUCUCAGUUUUGCCUCCAACAUCAAACGGGAAAUGCUGCGUAAUGAGAAAGAGCUGCUCAAAAUACUCGAUGAUGAUAAAAGACACAGUAAUAUUAUCAUCCUCUGCGGGGGGCCGGAGCACAUGGCUCACAUUAAACAAACCUCUCGUGGCAUCCACCCAGACAUACUGUUUAUCCUCAUCGACCUCUACAAUCCUGAUUAUCAUGACAACAGAACAGCCAGUCACGACAUGGAGAAAGUCUUGGUGGUCACUCUUCCCCAGAGGAACUACACCUAUGGAAACCUGACCAGCAACACGGUCAAUGACUAUGUAGCCGGUUACCAUGACGGCACACUCUUGUUUGGGAAGGUGCUACGUGCCAGGAUGCUCAAUCAGCAGGGAGGGUACACGUCUCCGAGCGCCCACCCCUUUGGAAACAUCUCCUUUAAGGGAAUGGCAGGACACUAUGUGCUGGAUGAAUAUGGAGACAGAGAUGUAAACUUUUCUGUACUGUACAGAUCCACUGUUACACACGAGUAUACAACCCUUUUCAAGUUUGACACUUCCAAAAAUGAAACUCAAAAAGUGGACCAAUCUCCUGCUCUGCCCUGGAAAGGCGGAGUUCUCCCUGACGACCAGCCGGAGGGCAUGGACAAUAUAAGCGAUCAGGAUAUCAUCGUAAUAGUCUUGAGUCUCAGUGUUGUCGUGGUGACAGCCAUAGCACUCAUCUUCUACAGGCAAAACAGAAAGGAGCGUCUCAUGCAGAAAAAGUGGUCUCACAUAGAACCUCAUCUGAUUGGUCCCUUGGAUGAGAAGGAGGUUUCUCUGAAGAUUGACGACGACAAGAGAAAGGACAGCAUAUUCCUUGUUCACAGAGGCCGCUAUGAUAAAAAGCCAGUCAUUUUGAAAGAGUUGAAACAUUCAGAUGGAGAUUUUACUGAAGAUCAGAAAAUUGAGCUCAACACGUUGUUGCGUAUCGACUACUACAACUUGACCAAGUUCUACGGCACGGUCCAGUUUGAAUACGGUGUGUUUGGUGUUUUUGAGCUGUGCCAGAGAGGCUCUCUCAGGCACAUUCUGAAUGACACCAUCUCUUAUCCUGAUGAGACGUUCAUGGACAUGGAGUUCAAGAUAUCGGUCAUGUACGACAUCGCAAAGGGGAUGUCUUAUCUGCACUCCAGCAGCGUAGGAGCUCACGGCCGCCUUAAGUCCACCAACUGUGUGGUGGACAAUCGCAUGGUGGUCAAGAUCACCGACUUUGGCUGUCACACCAUUCUCAACCCAGGCCGCGAUUUGUGGACCGCCCCAGAGCACCUCCGUAAAAGUGGUAUAUCUCAAAAGGGCGACGUGUACAGCUACGCCAUCAUCGCACAUGAAAUCGUCAUGAGAAAAGCUCCGUUCUAUUCUCAGUCCUGCCCAGAUAAAUCAGAUAAAAUUUACAGAGUGCAGUAUCCCAGUUUAUCAGGGAUUUUCAGACCGGAUCUCAGCUUUGAAGGAGCAACUGAGAUAGAAGCAGAGCUGUAUACACUCAUAAAGCACUGCUGGGAAGAGGACCCUGAACGCAGACCGGACUUUAAGAGAAUAGAGCUUACUCUUGGUAAGAUUUUUAGCGCCCUCCACGACGAGGCCAGUGAGACCUACAUGGACAACCUGAUCCGGCGGUUGCAGAUGUACUCUCGCAACCUGGAAAACCUGGUGGAGCAGAGGACUGUCCUGUACAAGAACGAGAGAGAUCGCGCAGACCGCCUCAACUUCAUGCUCCUCCCUGCGCCUGUUGUGCGUUCCCUGAAGGAGACGGGCCUUGUGGAGCCAGAGCUGUUUGAGGAGGUCACCAUUUACUUCAGUGACAUCGUGGGCUUCACCACUCUGUGCCACUACAGCACCCCCAUGGAGGUGGUGGACAUGCUGAACGACAUUUACAAGAACUUUGAUAGCAUCCUGGACCACCACGACGUCUACAAGGUGGAGACAAUAGGAGAUGCCUACAUGGUGGCUUCUGGUUUACCUAACCGCAAUGGGGACAGACACGCAGUGGACAUUGCCCACAUGGCUCUUGACAUACUGUCCUUUGUAGGGACAUUCCAGCUCGAACACUUGCCAAAUAUUCCACUUUGGAUACGGAUUGGUGUUCAUUCUGGCCCCUGUGCGGCUGGGGUGGUGGGGAACAAGAUGCCUCGUUACUGUUUAUUUGGGGAUACAGUAAACACAGCUUCCAGGAUGGAGUCUACGGGCCUGCCUUUGAGGAUACAUGUGAGCAAGUCCACCAUCAACAUACUGAAGCGAACAGACUGCCAGUUUGAGUACGAGCAGAGAGGAGAGACUUACCUCAAGGGAAAAGGAAAAGAAAUUACCUACUGGCUGACUGGUGUAACUGGACAGAAAUACAACCUACCCACUCCUCCAACUGCCGAAAACUUCCAGCGGCUUCAACAGGACUUGGCAGAAAUGAUCAAAGUCAGUUUAGCUAAGCGUGCAGCAUGUACCGAGGGUUUUGAGAAGAGGAAGACCCUGUCCACCAAGAUACGGCGGAGGGAGACCAACAGCAGUACCCAGAGUGGUCCGCCAGACUACUUUCACCUGGCCGUCACAGACAGUGACCCCAGCACAUAUCUGUGA